AUGGCGAGUGUGACGAAACCUACCAUCACGUACUUCCCCAUCGCUGGACGGGCCGAGGUGUCGCGCCUCAUCCUCGAAGAUGCGGGCGUCGACUACGACUUUGUCGCGGUGCCCUACCCCCAGUGGGCCGAUCUCAAGGCCAAACUCAGCGCCGCUGGCAAGUUGCCUUUCGGUCAGCUACCGCUGUAUGAGGACCCGUCGGGCCUGGUGCUGGUCCAGAGCAACACCAUCGCGCGCCACCUGGCCAAGAAGCACGGCUACCUGGGCGCCAGCGACGACGAGGCGGCGCUGGUGGACCAGAUGUUCGAGGGCGUGGUCGACAUGCUGAACCUCAUCGCCAAGGUCUUCUGGUACACCCCGGCCGACCAGGUGGCCGACGAGAAGCAGAAGCUGCUCACCGAAUCGCUCCCCGUCCAACUCAACCUCUUCAUCAAGCUGCUCGAGAAGAACGGCAACACCGGCUUCCUCGUCGGUGACAAGUUGAGCUUGGCGGAUUUGGGACUGUGGGUGGCGCUGCAGCUGGUGUUCAUCAAGGCGCCCGAGAGCCGCGACAGCCUGACCGAGGCCUUCCCGCCGGUGGCCGCCUUCCUCGACAACAUCGCCCAGAGGCCGCGCAUCCUGGCCUACCUCACCCGCGAAGUCUACCACUGA